AUGACGACCGCAGUUCCAACGCUUAGUGAGGACGACCUCACCUCGCUUCUGAAUCGUAUCUCCCAGAAAAAUACUGUUCAGUCUCUCAUUAUCCUCGACCGCUCUUCUGGCGCUAUUAUUCGGUCGUCAGGGUCCAUAGCUGCCCACCGGGACUCGGAGAGUUUAGUUGGAGAAUAUGCUGGGAUGGUGUGGAACUUUGUUAAAAGCGCAGAAGAAAUGGUUUGUGGUAUGGAUGAGCAGGACGACUUGAGAUUAUUACGCAUUAGGACUAAGAGACAUGAGUUGGUAAUAGUGCCCGGUAAGCCAUAUGUACUCUACUCUAGAUUAGUAGAGUACGGCGUGUCUGACAUGUUCCAAUUGUUUGCAGACCCCCGCUUCAUAUUAGUGGUGUUCCAUGACACACCUCCAGCAUAGAACAUAAAGGAGAAGCAGUCUGAUGGGGCUUAAUGGAUGUUGCGAUGCGUUCUAAGGGUGUUUGAGAGUGUUCUCACUAUAAAUAUGUUGGUGCCAAGGUGACUACAGCAUUCACGGAGUUAAACACGCCGUUCCUGGGCUGUAUCUCCCAGUCAUCUCCGCCCCAAUAUACCAUACAUUCCCUCCUGAGAAAGCAUGGGAAUGGUGGGAGCCAGUGAGCCACAUAGUAAUGUAAACUCCAAUGAGAUCUCA